AUUUUAGGAAAUAAGUAAUUACAAAAUUAAUUAGCUUACGUAUCCUCCACAUUUGAUGGGUUGUUUUGAAAAAAUCAUUUAAGGAAAUUCUCAAUUUAUUAGAAGGAAGUAGUUUUUAGGAGUUGUGGAGAUGGAGAUUCCUAGGUCAACGGAGAUAUCAAAGACAUUGUUGUUACCUGCGACGAUUCUCAAUCCCGAUGAAGAUGUACCCGAGUGGAAAGACCAGAUCACGAUCCAGGGCUUGAUCUCUAGCGCCUUGAGGAUUUGCUUUCUCGGUCUCUUCAGUCUCCUUCCACUUCGAAAGGUGAUGAUUUUGGAUUACAAGCUUAAGUAUCCCAGUGGAACCGCUACAGUGAUGUUGAUUAACAGUUUCCACAACAACACUGGAACAGAGGUUGCAGGUGGUAUUGGAGAUGCAUGUGGCUUUGAUCACUUUCCCACACUUGGUAUGACUCUAUUCAAGAACACUCCUACUUUUAUUGGAUGUGGUAUGAUAUGUCCCCAUUUGGUGAACUGUUCGGUUCUUCUCGGUGCUAUCAUUUCUUGGGGUUUCCUCUGGCCAUUUAUAUCACAGCAUGCUAGGGAUAGGUAUCCAACUGACCUUGAGGCCAGUGAUUUCAGAGGUCUCUAUGGAUAUAAGGUAAAAUAAACAUAUCAAGUAGAACGAGUUUAAUGAAAGUUCUUAUCUUCA